AUGGAGGUGUCCUCUGUGAUUCCCUACAAGGGCUGCACGCCCUGGCAGGGGCUCCUGCUCAUAGCCUUCCUUUUAAUCUGUUGUCAUUCACCCGCCACUGCUGAAGUCACCAUUGAAUCAGUGCCGCCCAGUGUGUUCGAAGGAGACAGUGUCCUUCUAUAUGUCCACAGUCUGCCAGAGAAUCUGCUAGGCUUUGCUUGGUUCAAAGGGCUAACAAAUAUGAAACGCAGAAUUGUACUCUAUGAACUGAACAACAAUUUAAGUUUGCCGGGGCCUGAAUACAGCGGUAGAGAGACAGUCUACCGCAAUGGAUCCCUGUGGAUUUCCAAUGUCACCCACGUGGACACAGGAUUCUAUACCCUACGAACCAUCAGUCGACAUUCAAGAGUUGUAUCACUGACAACCAUCCACCUCCCUGUGUACACCUCCUCUUUCACCUGUGGGCACCCUCCCACCUCUGCCCAGCUCACUAUCGAAUCAGUGCCGCCCAGUGUUGCAGAAGGGGCAAGCGUUCUUCUACAUGUUCACAAUCUCCCAGAGAAUCUUCAAACCUUUUCCUGGUACAAAAGUGUGAUUACGUUCAACAAUCUGGAAGUUGCUCGACACAUAAUAGCCACGAAUUCAACUACGCCAGGCCCUGCACACAGUGGUCGAGAGACAGUGUACAGCAAUGGAUCCCUGCUGCUCCACAAUGUCACCUGGAAAGACACUGGAUUCUACACCCUACGAACUCUGAGUAGAGACCUGCAAAUAGAAUUGGUGCAUGUGCAACUCCACGUGGAUUCUUCCCUCUCUGUGUGCUGCAACCCUCUCAGCUUUGCCCAGCUCACCAUAGAGCCAGUGCCAAGAAAUGCUGCCGAAGGGGAAAGUGUUCUACUUCUUGUUCACAAUCUUCCAGAAGAUGUGAGAGCCUUUUCCUGGUACAGAGGAGUGUAUAGCAUCCAGAUUUUUAAAAUUGCAGAAUACAGCAGAGCCACAAAUUCCAUUACCAGGGGGCCUGCCCACAGAAGAAGAGAGAGAGUGUACCCCAAUGGAUCCCUCCAGCUUCGGGAUGUUACUGAGAAUGACUCAGGCUUGUACACACUUCAAAUUCUAAACAGAUAUUUGAAAACUGAAACGGCACAUGUGCAAUUCAGUGUGAACAGUAAAUGAAAACCUGUCUCCCAACUGCUGGUAUACCACUCUACCAGAGGGUCCUGUGUUACCACCCUAUCCUUCCGGCAUCUGCCAUGGACAGAGGACAAAUGCAUCCCAGGAAGGCUAUGGAAAGACCAUAGAAUUAAUUUGGCAUUCAUGUCGACCAGGCAAUUUGAGAGGACCCCACCUAUCAUGGGGAUUAUCAUUGAUCACUUUGUUGACCGUCCCUACCCCAGCUCCUCUCCCAUGCACCCUUGCAAUUACAGAACUGGUGAGGAUGCUGGAGUCACAUACCUGUCAGUGGAAGACUCUCAGGAAGUCUGUACCACCUCUUUUUCUAGCUCCCCUCCCUCCCAGCUGAUGGUUCCUGGGAAGGAAGCUGGGGUACCUCUUGCUCUCAGUCAGCCUGCUCACGGCACCCAGGCUGAUCACGAGAGACCGGUGACUCACACACCUUCUGAGGGAACCCACUGUGCUGCCAUGCCAUCUAGCAGUGAGGACACUGAGACUGUAUCUAACAGCAGUGAGGGACGGGCCUCACCCCAGGAUGUCUUGGAGACUGUCUUUGUCCGAAAAGUGAGAGCAUUUGUCAACAAACCCAUCAACCAGGUGGCCCUGACAAGUUUGGACAUACCCUUUGCCAUGUUUGCUCCCAAGAAUUUGGAGCUGGAGGAUGCUGAUCCUAUGGUGAAUCCCCCAGACUCCCCAGAGACCAUGUCUCCUCUCCACAGCAGCCUGCACUCAGAUGGCUCCAGCGGGGGCAGCAGUGGCAAUCCACACGACGACUUUGUUGUGCUUGACUUUAAACCUGCUUUUUCUAAAGAUGACAUUCUUCCGAUGGACUUGGGAACCUUUUGCCGUAAAUUUCAGAAUCCCCCUGAAAUCAUAGAUAUUGGAGUCCAGUCUAUGGCAGAAGACUUGGAUUCUUUACCAGAGAAACUGGCUGUGCAUGAGAAGAAUGUCCGAGAAUUUGAUGCCUUUGUUGAAACCCUGCAAACCAGGAUGUUGGCCCACCCUAGCAUCUACCCCAUCUAUGAUCUGCUGGAGCAUGUGGAGGGGUACAUCCUGCAGACCCAAAGCUACAGGAUUCCCAUGACACAGGGCCACAGCAGGAAAGCCAAGAGGAACUCCGCCUCUCACUCACUUUUACAGGACUUUUGGCUCAUCAAUGGGAAGCCACUGUCAUCCUCCCAAGAACUCCUUAUCCCCAACAUCAUCCCCCAUGUCCAUAACUCUGCCAUUGGUCUCAGUGGGACUACAGGCAAAUGGAUCUCUGAAAUGUUAUCACUGAGUUUUGGGAAGGAGGACUGCACAGUGGGAAGAGAGAUGGAGGUGUCCUCUAUGAUCCUCCGCAAGGGCUACACUCCUUGGCAGGGGCUCCUGCUCACAGCUUCCCUUUUAACUUACUGGUAUCUACCCAUCACUGCCCAAGUCACCAUUGAAUUAGUGCCACCCAACGUGUUCCAAGGAGAAAAUGUCCGUCUAGAGGUCCACAAUCUGCCAGAGGACUUUCUAGCCUUUGCUUGGUACAGAGGGGUGACACACAUGAAACGCGGAAUUGCAGUCUAUGCUGUAAGAAUGGGUUUAAAUGCAACGGGGCCUGCGUACAGUGGUAGACAGAUAAUGUACAGUGACGGAUCACUGCUGCUCCAGCGUGUCAUCCUCAAGGACACAGGAUUCUACACCCUACGAGUCUUAAAUAGACAAAAAGAAAUUGUAUCAACAACAUCCGUGUUCCUCCAUGUGCAGAUCUCCAUUUCAACCUGUGGGGGCCGUACCACUUCUGACCAACCCACUAUUGAAAUAGUGCCACCCAACGUUACAGAAGGGGCAAAUGUUCUUCUACUUGCUCAAGAUCUCCCAGAGGACCUUAAAUACUUUUUCUGGUACAAAGGUGUGAUUCCAUUCACCACCUACGAGAUUGCCAGACACACCAUAGACAAGAAUUCAAGUUUCCCUGGCCCUGCACACAGUGGUAGAGAGACAGUGUACAGCAAUGGAUCUCUGCUGCUCCACAAUCGCAUCACUGAGAAAGAUGCAGGACUGUAUACGAUACUUACCUUAAACAGAGCUUUACGAGUUGGAACCAUAUAUGUGCAUCUUCAUGUGAACAAACCUGUGACAGAGCCUUUUCUGCAAGUAAGUGACAGCACUGUCACAGCACAGAGUUCUGUGGUUUUCAGCUGCCUCUCAACUGACACUAGAAUCUCCAUCCGUUGGCUCUUCAAUAACCAGAGUCUGCAGCUCACAGAGAGGAUGACUCUGUCCCCAACAAAGUGUGGACUCAGCAUAGAUCCCGUCAGAAGGGAAGAUGCCGGAUACUAUAAGUGUGAGGUGUCCAACUCAUUCAGUUCGGAGAUCAGUCUUCCAGUUAGGCUGACGGUGACGAAUAAGUGA